ACGGGUGUUCACACAUGGAGGACCACAGCCGGUGACAUUUUUACUGCGUCCCGCCUCGAAGGCGUGGAACCUGAUCGCAACUGCGGUUCUGGAGGCUCCAUCGAUGUCCCAGCCGCAGGGCGAGUGAACACCAGUCCAACAUUCGAGCCAGACGUCUGCUGCAAUGGAGGAGCGCGGAGCACGGCGAGAGAGUUGGACCGGAUUUUGAGGAAUCACUGCGGAAAGCGACCUAUUGGGGUCUAAGCAGGCCGAUGCUGACGAUGCCAACCCCCCGGCAGUGUUGACGGAGUGAUAAAAACCACAGAACUCUUGGUGCGAUUUUUCCAGCCAGCGCCUCAUCUUCAGUGAGACUCAAGCACCAUGCCGCCCCCUGCUGACAUUGUGAAGGUGGCGAUCGAGUGGCCCGGUGCCAAUGCUCAGCUGAUAGAGAUGGACCAGAAACGACCCUUGACCUCGAUUAUCCGCGAGGUUUGUGAUGGGUGGUCCCUGUCCGGCUCUGAGCAGUUCGCCCUGCGCUAUGCCGACGGCCCGCAGCUGUACAUCACGGAGCAGGGUCGUGGUGAAAUAAAAAAUGGGACCAUUCUUCGGUUGGCCAUUUCCCCGGGUCGUGCUGCUCGCCAGCUCCUGGAGAGAAUCCAGUCGCACGGCAUCGACGCUCGCCUCGAGGCUCUGAAAGAGCUAGCCAAGCUGUCAGCUGACCCCACCUUCGCCACUGAGUUCAUCAACAUGGAGGGGAUCGGAACGUUGGCGCGUCUGGUCGAAAGCGGCACUCACUUCGGUGAAAUGCUGGCCUUCACGCUCACAGCUUUCCUUGAGCUCAUGGAUCAUGGGAUCGUGUCCUGGGAUCUGAUCUCGCUCUCCUUCAUCAAACAGAUCGCCGGCUAUGUCAACCAGCCCAUGGUGGACGUGUCCAUCCUGCAGCGCUCCCUGGCCAUCCUGGAGAGCAUGGUGCUCAACAGUCACAGCCUUUACCACCGUGUGGCGCAGGAGAUCACCGUGGGACAGCUCAUCGGGCACCUGCAAGUGUCCAACCAGGAGAUCCAGACUUACGCCAUCGCCCUCAUUAAUGCUCUUUUCCUGAAGGCUCCGGAGGACAGACGUCAGGUCAGUUCACGAGUCACGAGUGAUAGACUGUCAUCUGAGAUGAAGCCAGAACAUCCACCCAUGACUGACACCUCUCAUCAGACGUUUGAAGAGUAUACUAACCCCCUGGAGCAGCCCCUCACUGAAAUGGCGAGCACUUUGGCGCAGAAACACUUGAGAUCCAUCAUCCUCAAUCAUAUAAUCAGAGGAAACCGGCCCAUCAAGGCGGAGAUGGCCCACCAGCUCUACGUGCUGCAGGUACUGACCUUCAACCUAUUGGAGGAGCGGAUGAUGACCAAAAUGGAUCCGAAUGACCAGACGCAGAGAGACAUCAUCUUCGAGCUGCGCCGGAUCGCCUUCGACGGUGAAAACGACCCCACCGGCACUGAGAAGAGGAAGGCCAUGUACACCAAGGAUUACAAGAUGCUGGGUUUCACCAACCACAUCAACCCAGCCAUGGACUUCACCCAAACCCCUCCAGGGAUGUUGGCGCUGGACAACAUGCUGUACUUGGCCAAGGCGCACCAGGACACCUACAUCCGGAUUGUUCUGGAGAACAGCAGCCGCGAAGACAAGCACGAGUGUCCUUUUGGCCGGUGUGCCAUCGAGCUGACUCGAAUGCUGUGUGAGAUUCUUCAGGUUGGAGAGCUGCCCAACGAGGGCUGCAACGACUUCCACCCCAUGUUCUUCACUCACGACCGAGCGUGGGAGGAGUUCUUCUGCGUCUGCAUCCAGCUGCUGAAUAAAACCUGGAAGGAGAUGAGAGCCACUGCAGAGGACUUUAACAAGGUGAUGCAGGUGGUCCGAGAGCAGAUCACCAGAGCUCUGGCGAUGAAGCCGUCGUCACUGGACCAACUCAAGAACAAACUCAGAGGCCUCAACUACUCUGAAAUUCUGCGCCUGCGACAGUCGGAGAGAAUGAGCCAGGAUGACUUCCAGUCCCCGCCCAUCAUUGAGCUGCGGGAGAGAAUCCAGCCUGAGAUCCUGGAGCUCAUCAAGCAGCAGCGGCUUAAUCGGCUAUGUGAAGGAAGUUGUUUUCGCAAACUGGGGAACCGCCGGAGGCAAGAGAAAUUCUGGUUUUGCAGACUCUCUCUGAAUCACAAAGUGCUGCACUAUGGGGACUUGGAUGAGUCACCGCAGGGUGAAGUGCCUUUUGAGCUCCUCAGCGACAAGAUACCUGUCUCUGAUAUCAAGUCAGUGGUGACUGGGAAGGACUGCCCCCACAUGAAAGAGAAAAGUGCACUGAAGCAAAACAAGGAGGUGCUGGAGUUGGCCUUCUCUGUCCUUUACGAUCCUGACGAGACGCUCAACUUUGUUGCACCCAACAAGUAUGAGUAUUGCAUCUGGACUGACGGGCUGUGUGCGCUGCUGGGUAGAGAGAUGGGCAGCGACCUGACACGCAGUGACCUCGACACGCUCAUCAGCAUGGAGAUGAAGCUCCGCCUCCUGGACUUGGAGAACAUCACCAUCCCAGAAGCCCCGCCCCCUGUGCCAAAGGAGCCUAGUUCCUAUAAUUUCACCUACAACUACAGCUGAGUUGUGUGUGUGAGGGGCCAGUGUGUGCAUGGAUCGUAUUAGGCCAGGACCCGUGUGUGUGUGUGUGUUUUGUUUCUUUUGGAUGUCAGGGGUCAGAGGUCAGGGUGCCGAGUCAGAAUUAGAGACUUGACUAUUAGUGAUCUUGAUCCCAGUCUUCUCUGGCUCCCCUUGUACAGAUCCACUUCAGACCUGAGAUCAUGAUAUUUUCAGAUUCUUCAUGUAAACGCUGUGAAGCAGUUUCCGUGGCAACGGAAAAUGAAGCAGCUUCCAGUCCAGCUCUAAUCAUGCCGCGUGAAUGUUUCUGGCGGACGAGAUGUCACUCAACAUGAGAUUCAGCCCCCUUCGCCUGCUCUCCCCCUUCUGUGUUUGUUUGCCGCUACAACAACAAAACCCCAAACAUUCCAUGCAUUACUGAUGUGCGUCCUCAGACACUACUGGAUGUUAGUGUUUGAUCUGCUGGGCUUUAAAUGAUGCGACGCAUUACACGCUUGUGAUCGGCAGGCGCCAGUGAACGUUCCCACCGGAUUCAAUUAUGUUGCUCUCAGUGCAAACCCAACGAUGAAUGUGUGCGACGUCCCUCCACUGGUUUAGAGACCAAAUGCUGGUCGACAUGUAAAUCAUCCAUGUUCGACUCUGCAGCGACCGCCCAGGAUUUACUCCUGGAAUAACACUGUCUAGUCAGCUAGUAAUGAAUGUAUUGUGUGUGAAUGUGCUUCUACUAAACCCCUCGACUCACUGACACUCCACAGAGUACUUGAAUGGUUUAACUGACACACGUUUCCUCUCUGUCCUGUGAGAGAAAAAUGCUUUGCUCACACACAAGAAAUUUGUCAUGUGACGAACAUAUGAAUGUGUGGAGGUUUAAGUGGUCAACCAAAAGCACCAUGUCACCGUCUGCACCCAGCACUGCAGGUGCAGACUGAGCGACAGGUGCAUGUCGACCCUGCCGUCUGACCAUAGACUCACAAGGCAAGCUGGGAUAGAUGUCUUGUCCUGUCUGACCCUCUCAGACAGAUUGUGUGGAGAGGUUUUGUCCCGUUCUUUUGAGGCAGAUGUGCAGCAGCAGCAGAGUAUGAUCUUGGGGCCCAAAACCACUCGGCACAUGGUGCAGGGAAUAAUGUGAGUUCAGUGGUGUAAAAGGCAGCUCAACACAACACGUCGUACGCUGAGGCCUUAGGCCCGUCAGUGUGUCUGACCGAAUGUUGUUCAGCCGUGCGAGACCUGGCAGGCUUGAUAACUGAAGUGUUCAGGCUCGUGUUUGGCUUAUGACGUAUGAUUGGCACUUCUAUUCCAGCCAUCUAUCUAGGACCUCCAGUGCGUGGCUCCUGCUCCAUCACUCUUCUUCCUCGACUGACUUCCAUGUACCGCUUCCUGUCAGUAUUAUAGCAGGGCCUCUCUACCGUUCUCCCGUUCUGAAACUUUACUCUCCGUCAUCGUUCAUGCUUGGGUUUUGCAUUGAUCGAUGAUGCUUCCUUUGGUCAAAAUGUCUUCGGGUACUGGCCAUUUUUAGAUGCUGGCCUCUGUUCAGAAUGGUACCACUGCAAACCUGUACUGACCCAUCUCAGUCUUCAUCUGGAGACCAGAGCAAACUUUUUAGGGAGCACUACUUAGCUAGAGGUACAGGCUUCUCCGUCGCCACCUAGCAUGAAUGAGGAGAGUUGAGUGACAGUGGCACAUUCCAAAGCUCCAUUAACAGGAACAGCUCUCGCCCCCCUCUCCAACGAUGGUACGACUACUGAGAGCCAGCGUCCUUUUUAACUGGUUAACCACUGUAUUCACAGAAGUAUAUUUUUGUAAAUGAUUGACGUGAUGGUUCGACGCCUUUCAUGUGCUUGUAACUGUGUUUCUAACGUAUCGUCAUGUUUCUUUUUGAAGAACUACAUUUCCAACCAUGAUCACCUCAGCUGGGCGGCACCUAAUGAUGAUGUCAGUGUUCUGCACCGUAAACGGCUAACACGUCAAUAACGCGACGCUGCCUGUGACUUCUUUCCUAGAUGUUUUCUUGUUUCCGAGUCUUAUCCAGCAGCUUCUCCUGUCAAAGUGGAUUUUGGAAAUCCAAGCAGGUUAACACAUGUGUGUUCACAUCUUUUACAGGACAUGCAGAACUAUUUAUUUACAGUUAGCUGUAGUGAAGAUUGACAUGUUGUUAGACGAUAAUUAACAACAAACCAUCAGAAAUGCUUUAUACUUAUAGACCAGUGUGUAUAUUCAGUAUUGUGAUGCCUUAUGGAGGAACUGUGUUAUGUUCUGUGCGAAUAAAGGAUCUAUGAAUCUGGAUU